AUGGCUACCCGAACCGCACGGCGCAUCUGUCCAGCCCGACUGAGAGGAACGACCCGACUGGGCCUGUCUCCCUGUCCUGCACGCGGCCGUCCCUUCUUCUCGCUCCCGUCGUCAGCGACAGCGCAGCACCUUACAGCGACGCGGAUUCUCCCCUACGCCCUCGACCCGGUCUAUGACCUGAUAGCCGACGUGGACUCGUACUCAACCUUCCUUCCGUACUGCUCCUCGUCCCCCGUAACGGCGUGGUCGCCGCCCGACAGCAAGACUGGACGACGCUGGCCGGUCCGCGCAGACCUCCACGUCGGAUGGGGUGGUUUCGAUGAGGUGUUCAGCAGCAGACUGCACUGCAUUCCCGGGCAGUCAGUCGAGGCGGUCAGCGGGGACGGCGACAGAGACAGCAGCAGCAGCAAGACGGGUUCGGCAGUCUUCACCAGCCUGGUGACCAGGUGGUCUGUGCGUGCGCUGCAAGGAGGGACGACAUCGCCGUCGCCGCGCACGCAGGUCCACCUUGAUAUACGCUAUCAGUUCACCAAUCCGCUCUACGCUGCCGUCAGCGCUGCUGUAUCGGACAAGGUUGCCAGCUUGAUGAUUGAGGCCUUUGAGAAGAGGGCCAGGGAGAAACUUGGGGGGAGACUGUAG